GUUGUUGUGUUUCAGAUCCGGACUGGGCCAGUCUGAACCUGGGAGCGUUGAUGUGCAUAGAGUGCUCCGGCAUCCACCGCAAUCUCGGCACGCACUUGUCUCGCGUGCGCUCUCUGGAUUUGGACGACUGGCCGGUAGAGCUGACUAUGGUGAUGAUGGCUAUCGGGAAUAGUCUGGCCAAUGCUGUGUGGGAGCAUUGCACAGAGGGGUACACCAAGCCCACCCCCGAGAGCUGCAGGGAAGAGAAGGAGCGGUGGAUCCGUGCCAAGUAUGAGCAGAAGCUCUUCCUGUACCCCCUGCCAGCCUCGGACGUCCCCCUGGGGCAGCAGCUCCUGCGAGCGGUGGUGGAGGAUGAUUUGCGGAUGGUGGUGGCGUUGCUGGCGCACGGUACGAAGGAGGAGGUGAAUGAAACGUAUGGGGACGGGGACGGGCGGUCGGCGCUCCAUCUCUCGGCGGCGAUGGCCAAUGUGGUGUGCACCCAACUUCUCAUCUGGUACGGCGUGGACGUGAAGUGCUGCGAUGCGCGCAGUCUCACCUCGCUCUCGUACGCCCGUCGCGCCGGCAGCACGGAGUGCACGGAUAUUCUCCUUCAGUACGGCUGCCCCAGCGACAGUCCCAGCCCCGCCCUGUAACCAUGGAGAACUCCGAUCACGUGACUCUGAUGGAGAAC